AUGAGUUUCUGGGGCGCUACUGUUAUUACAAGUUUAGCUAGUGCAAUACCUGUGGUAGGAGACAGUGUUGUUACAUGGUUGUGGGGCGGUUUCUCAGUAGACAAUGCCACACUCAACCGAUUUUAUAGCUUGCAUUACUUGGGAACUAAUUCUUCGGUAGACAAAAUUCCUUUUUCUCCUUAUUUCUACCUUAAAGAUUUAGUGGGUUGGGUUGCUAUAUUUUUCUCGAUAUUUGUUUAUUUCUAUCCAAAUGCAUUAGGUCAUCCUGACAAUUAUAUACCGGCCAACCCAAUGUCAACCCCUGCUCAUAUUGUUCCAGAAUGGUACUUUUUAUGGGUUUAUGCUAUAAAACGCAGUAUCCCAAACAAAUUAGGUGGGGUUGCAGCUAUUGCUUUAGUCUUUGUAUGCCUUCUUGCUUUGCCUUUUAUCAAUACAUCACAAACAAGAAGCUCUACCUUUAGACCUAUAUAUAAAAAACUGUUUUGGUUAUUAGUUGCAGAUUGUAUUAUUUUGGUAUGGAUUGGACAGCAAGCAGUUGAAGAUCCUUAUAUACUGAUAGGGCAGAUAGCGAGUGUAUAUUUCUUUGUAUUCUUUCUUGUAUUCGUACCUUUUCUUGGUCAAUUUGAGCGAUAUUUGAUACAUUAUCAAGGUAGUAAACACAUCUUGACAAGCUAA